AUGCGUCUCCGUUCUUAUGGGACAGAUUUCUUUGCGAUACAAGCAGCGAAAGAGCGAGCACAACACAUAUCGUAUCUGCUCCCGGUUCCAAGAGUAGCUCCAUGCAGGCCAGAAGAUCCUGAGAAGAAGGUUACACCUGCAAUCAUCUCGUCCUGCGACGAUCUGCUGCAAGUCAGCGGAUGGCAUCUCACAGACCAUCCAGCUGCAAACGAACGGGAGACAGCGAAUGCUCUUGCAGAGAGCUUUGAGAGGAUCUUGAUUGAGGAUGGAGGAAGCAUCCUGGGCAAAUCAUCUCCAGUUGCAUCUUCGAGGGAUUCGCACCUCUCUUCACAAACAGCAGCGUGUGACGCCGGCUUUCCGCCUUUCCCAGUUCAGGAGGGUAGGGUCUCUAACAUGGAGAGCCAGCAUUCUUUCUGGUCCACUUUCAGGACCUUGGAGGAUCCAGAUCCAGAGGUCUUCGAAGCUGAUCCGAUACAGAAACUCGAAGAAAGCGAGUUUUUCGACCAAAGCGACCUGCAGGGACAGCAUCGAGGCUCGAGCCCAUGCUGCCUUAUAAAGUUAUCUCAAGAGGUUGAGAUCGACGAAGAGGUCCCUGUAUUACGGAGAUUACGGGAGAAAGUAGGUCUGGACCCUGGUUAUCUCCAAGAGCCGCUUGAGAUUUCCAAUCCUGAUACAGCGGCGUCUUGCCCUUUGAUCAUCAGCAUGCUGGAAGCAGAGGAGAAGAAAUCCAAGUGUCCAACAACGAAGAGCUCUUCAGUCAAUGCAGACGACUCCGGAUGCCGAAGCACAGAAGCGACGGUCUGGGAAUUUGAACCUCAGGAGCUUCCUGAUGUUGCUCUGGGUGAAGGCAGCAGAAUGCGAAACGCAGGGCUUGGUUUCCUGACGAAACCGUUUGAAGACUUCGCUUCCCAGCUGGCAGAUCAGAGCAUUGACACUCCCGACUGCUCAAAUGCAUCCGAAUCGGAUAAGAGCUCGUGGUCUGCGUUUGUGGAAAAGCGGGUUUUAGAAGAGGAGGAGACGGGUUUGGCGGAACCCGUUCUUUGCUGGGAAGAGGUCCUUGCAGAAAGGAGCGAUGGCGUGCAACCGAGGGAACAGGGUUCAAAGCAGCCUUCGCUUGAGGCCUUGGCAGAGCCAGCACUAAUCCAUCCGCUCGAGUUCUUUAAGGGCCUCCCUUCCAACGUUGCUAAAAAGGCGAUCCUCGUCUGCACAAAGCUCAACGCUGUGGUUUCAGAGGACGAAGCAAACGGAGCCUUGGAAGAGCCGACGGCUGAGUCCAUUGAAAACGAGUUCCAUCGCCUGGUGGCACACCCCGAGCUGAGAAUGGACUCCUUCAACUUCAACAUGCUGCCAGUUCCGUACUUGCCGUGCCAGGGCCCCGCAGCAGAGACGGCCACUCAGAUCUUCUCUUCCUCGCACGCUCGACCGCGCAGUCUAGGUGGCGACAGUCUCUAUCUCGAUUGGCACCUCUCCCAAUCGGGGGCGUGCAACCAGGCAAGCUGCUUCCGGUUCAAAAAGAAGAUGAAAGCUGAGCUUGAGCCUGCCCCUGUUCCUCCAGAGCCUCAGCAGCCUUCAGCGAACAAGGCCUCCGUCCUGCUUGCUUUUCUCGCUGCUCCUGAACCCGACGAAGGAGAGACGUCAGAGAGCUCCCGGGGGAAAAGACCAGUUGAGGAAGAGGCACUUGAGGGAGAAGUGGUCUUCCAAAGAGAGAGCUCUGCAGCAGCGAGAGCCUCGGAGGGCAGCGUCAGGCAGCGGUCCGCUUUCGUCAGCAAGACUGCCGGCGCAAUGACCGAGGACCUGUCCUUCUUCAUGCAAGCUAGGAAAGGAACGGUGCGCGCGCGCGCUCCUGCUGCCGCAGAACAGGAGCCCGCGAGCAAGAAGCGCAGAGGUGCCACGGAGAAAGACCUGGGAAGCCGAGAAGCGUCUGAGAAUGGAAAAGCUGUUCAAGCUCCGAGCGCGCCCGCCGUAGAAGUUCACACAGUAGACCUUCCAGAGGAUCACGAAGCCCUACUUGCGGCGCUAAGAUCUGACUACAGCGCGAUCUUGGUCAGAGAGAAGAGCAGGCUAAAGGAGAAAGUGCCAGGAUUUGGCGUAGACGCUGCGGGGAACCGGGAGUUGAUGGCACUGGUAAAGAGAGCGGCUGCUUCGGAAAAGGAGACGGGGGACGUCCAUCAGCAGAGCUUAAGGCUGUGCGCGACUGUGUGGACGCUCCGGCAGACGGCGUCGAACCUGCUGGAUUACGGAGUGCGGGUGGCCUUCCUCUACUUGGAGCAUAGCCUGCAGACGAUGCCCUUUAUGUCCAUGGCUGUGUUGAAAAGCAAGAGCGCCCUGGAGACCGCGUACGGCCGGGUCGAGGCAGGCCUGGCGAUCGACACGCCCAAGCUCGCUUGCCUGCGUGACCUCCUGAAGGCGGCAGUUACCUCUGGUGGGCGGCGGGACGAGCAGGAAAGAAAGAUACUAAUUUUUGCGGACAGGCGAGCAUUCAUCAGCAUGUACAACGAGCUUGUCGGGGCGGGACUCCGGCCCUUCCAGCUCGACCGAGACGAAAGCAUUCUCAAAGCUCUGACUUCCGUAGGGGCCGAAGCCCAACAGAAGCUUAAGCAAGGAGUCGAAGAGGCCCUGACGGUUUCCAAUUGUCUUCUCGUAUCAUACGGGUAUCUCAAAGCCUCCUUCCCCUUGAACGACUUCGGUUUGAUCGUCCAGUUCUCGGACGGAAGGCUCAGCAACUCGGACACGGAUCUGAACCAGGUUGAAGAGCUUCUGGCUCAAGCCACGUGCCCUCGCCACAAGAUCGGGGUCCGCGGCCAUGUGGAGGAGAUGAGGGUAUUGAAAGAGGGUGUUGGAGUCCCUUCUGUACCGUCUCGGGGAGAGGCCCAGGCAAACCCGCCAGCUCCUGUUUCCAAGCCCCAGCCCUCCGCCUUCCCCGCAACCAGCCGCCCGGAGCCACUUCCGACCAACAUCGGCAAUCAAAUCCCUGAGGUCCCCACUAGGGACGUCCAGCCGAGCCAAAACAAACCCCCGGACCGCGGCCGGCGCAUUCUCAUCGUGGCCAACAUGCUCGACAGCGAGAUCAGCAUGCGACGCGCCCUUUACCAGUCAGUCGUUCAGCUGGAGAAGAGCGCGCGCGCACAGGUCGUCGAGCGCGACAUGGCGCUGCCCGCGGACCUCAUCCUCCACGGCGCCACGUGUCUGACCAUAUUCACACCGGAGCGGCUGGGCCUGGAUCCGCUGUGCCUGGACGAUGUGAACAGGCUCGCGGCGCUCCUGCCGGCCUGCUUCCAGGAUGCGGUGGACAGUCACCUGAAGGCGGUCAGCUUCGCCUACAAGACGGCCGUCCUGAUCUUCGAGGGCCCGCCCGCCUUCCUCCGCGCCACCUAUCAGGAGCUGACCCCGCUCCACGCGGCCGCUCUCGGCCUCGACAUCAACCUCCAGUGCCUCCUCUCAGACUGCCCCGACACGACCAACCGCUUCGUUCUCAAGCUCAUCGGAUCCAUCCGAACCUUGCCCAAACGGAGCGCUUCCGUUCCGCCCGAAACCCCCCCCCCCAUGCCGGAAACUGCGUCGCCCCUGGAGGCUUUUCUCACGGCCUUUCCCAGCCUGAACCCGGUAAGCGCGCACGCCAUCCUGGCGUCGGGUGUGAAUGCGCCCCACUUCGCGCAACUUCCGGAGGAGCAGCAGGUCGCGCUGACGCGGCGGUUCGACGUCCCGGUGCGCAGCCUGCGCCUUUUCACACUCCAGUACACGGUGCACUGCGGUCGGGAUCCAGAGGGGGGGGCGCGCUGCGAAGGAGCAAUCCCUUAUGGAGCAGCAGCGGAAUGCGAAGCGGGGUCCGCUUAUGAGAGCGCUCCUCACCAGUUUGAACGUGACGAGAUGGGCUCGUAUGGCUACGAAAGGAGGGCAGCAGAAGCGCAUCAACCGGGGCGGUCCAACUGGGAGGUUCCGCCGGAUCGAUACCCGCAGCACGGAGGGGUUCCGCAGUCGGGAAUCUUGGCCCCAGGAGAAGGUCCUCAGACGUACCAAGAGGACUACCGGAUGGAAGCUGACGUCAGCGCUCCGGCUUACCCCGAGUUUCCCACGGCUGCGGAGAUCGAAGCGGCGCGAGAACCGGAAUCCGAAUGGCCGUCGGCGAGGGAGAUCGCGGAGCAAGAGCCGGUCCAGGAAAGGGGUUUCGGACACCGGCAGCAGAUGCACGUGCCGUUCUCGGACGUUGAGGAGAGGGGUUACGGACGCCGGGAGCAGAGGCGAGUGCCCUACUCGGACGGCCCGGAAGCUUUUCUGCAGGAGGACCUGUACGAGGGCCUUCCGUUCCUCGGCCGGACGGACUUCGACCAAGUGGGACCGUUUGAAGAGCGCAGCCGGUUCGAGGACCCAGCGGCAGAGGGUUUUGGGGGAGGGUUUGAGCAGGCGCGGCCGCGCGCCGGCGCGCCGACGGGCGCAGCCACAGUGGCCGCAUGGGAAGACCCUCGGGAUGCAACUAGAGCAAGGGGCGCUGGCGACGGGCUGGAGAGCUGGCUCGCGCGCAAGAGGAAGCCCGAAUGGCCGCAGACGAGUGCGUUUCCGCUCGACAACCAGGGCCAGAAGCGUCAGCGGUUUCCUUCGAGCCCUGCUCUCGGUAUCUCGACCGGGCUGCAGUCUACCCGAGAAAGGAAUGGCGCGCCAACUGCGGGUUUUACACCGGGUUGGCCGAAGGCGCAGACGAACCCAAGGGCGCGGAGUGUGAACGCGCCCUUCGGUCGGGUCGAGUCUGCCGCCCGGGGUGGAACACCGAGCGCGAAGAGGGGCCCAGGCCGGUCGCGGUCGAGUGGGAACUCUGGCGGCCCGGGCGCUACGGACACUCAUUCGGACGAGCGCACGGAGCGUCCGGAGCUCCAGGAGGCGAUCGCGCACUUCCGGGCGUACGAGUACGUUCCGGAAGCGGCCCGGAAGGCGGCUGGGGGGAGGACGGCGGAAGGGGAGGGGACGCACAGCGCGGAAAGCGACGGAGGGCUGAGCACGCCGCGGCCGCACCUGAUGGACGUGCCUCAAGACAAGCGGGCGACCGAGGUACUUGGUUACAAGCGCCUUGGGCGAGAUAAGCAGACCCGACUGAGUUGGGGAAGUACACCGAGUGGCAGGACAUCUUCUAGGGAGGACGGCAUCCCUCCCCGGAAAAUAGCUAGAGCUGGCUCGCUUGCCACUAUGUAGAGCUAAAAAGUUGCCUUAAGAUAGUCGCAUGUUGUUUCCUGUGUACUAUAGCUGCUUGGAGUCUGAGUACCCCAGGUGCCCGAGCGGUACGGUCCGUACAUUGAGGUUGAUGUCAGUGCCAUUUCCGUUUCGGCUAGAAAGCUUCCUAGUGUAUUGUGUUGAUCCUGACCUAAGCCAACCGUGCACAACCGGCUGUUGCUUACACGUGUUGGAGCCUCUGGAAUAACUUGGCCCUGGACCACCAAGGCAUGUUCUUUGGGAUCCGUUUCGCACGGUAGCUUGUGCGAGCCAUGAAAUUGACGUUGGGAGCCCGGCCGAUUCCGCGCCGCUUCUCUCUACGCAUACUCGUCGCGUUUGUGGCGCAGCUACGUGUAGCCGGCCAGAGACUGAACGGCUUGCAGCGCAGCUCUGGCGAUCGCGGUUGC